CCUUUUCCUUGUUUGAGUCGGCAAACCGUAUCCAUAAAUAGAGGCCCUCGCUACUGCCUUCUUCAUUUUCUCUCUUUCUCAAGUUUCUCUUUCCAAGAUUCUUUUCUCGCCUUCUUGUCUGUGAUCGAUAAGAAACUCCUUAGAAUUUCGUUACCGACAAGAUGCAGAUCUUCGUUAAGACCCUCACCGGUAAGACCAUCACUUUGGAGGUCGAGAGUUCAGACACCAUCGACAAUGUCAAAGCCAAGAUCCAAGACAAGGAAGGAAUUCCACCGGACCAGCAGCGUUUGAUCUUCGCUGGUAAGCAGCUCGAAGACGGCCGUACCCUUGCCGAUUACAACAUCCAGAAGGAAUCUACCCUCCAUCUGGUCCUUCGCUUGAGGGGAGGGAUGCAAAUCUUCGUUAAAACCCUGACCGGUAAGACGAUUACCUUGGAGGUCGAGAGUUCAGAUACGAUCGACAAUGUGAAAGCCAAGAUUCAAGACAAGGAAGGCAUUCCCCCUGACCAGCAGAGGCUUAUCUUUGCUGGGAAGCAACUUGAGGAUGGUCGUACCUUGGCCGAUUACAACAUUCAGAAGGAAUCGACCCUUCACCUGGUGCUUCGUCUUAGGGGAGGAAUGCAGAUCUUCGUGAAGACCCUUACGGGCAAGACAAUCACAUUGGAGGUCGAGAGUUCGGACACGAUUGACAAUGUCAAAGCCAAGAUUCAAGACAAGGAGGGCAUUCCCCCUGACCAACAGAGGCUCAUCUUUGCUGGGAAGCAGCUUGAAGAUGGUCGCACUUUGGCAGAUUACAACAUCCAGAAGGAAUCGACCCUUCACUUGGUGCUCCGUCUCAGGGGAGGAAUGCAGAUCUUCGUGAAGACCCUUACUGGAAAAACAAUUACUCUGGAGGUGGAAAGUUCGGAUACAAUCGAUAACGUGAAGGCGAAGAUACAGGACAAAGAGGGAAUCCCACCUGAUCAGCAGAGAUUGAUCUUUGCUGGGAAGCAACUUGAGGAUGGUCGCACAUUGGCUGAUUACAACAUACAGAAGGAGUCGACCCUUCACCUUGUCCUACGUCUGCGCGGUGGGAUGCAGAUUUUCGUGAAGACACUCACGGGCAAGACGAUUACAUUGGAGGUGGAGAGUUCAGAUACGAUUGACAAUGUGAAGGCGAAGAUUCAGGACAAGGAAGGUAUCCCUCCUGAUCAGCAGAGGCUCAUUUUCGCUGGUAAACAGCUCGAGGAUGGGCGUACCCUCGCUGAUUAUAAUAUUCAGAAGGAAUCAACUCUUCACCUUGUCCUUCGUCUCCGUGGUGGUUUCUGACUUGUCAGUAGUGUUUAGCUGAUCCUCUUCUCUUCUCUUCUCCUGCUCUCUUCUCUUUUUCCUCUUUUCUGGUGCAAGGACAGUGUUAAAAAUGCAGUUUCAUGAAUAGCUUCUGUGAAUAAAUCUGAUCUUGUUUCUUUUC